UCCAUUCGGAAUCCAAUGUAAUCCCGAUCAAAUCGAGGUCAAACCCAAAAUUUAUUUGUUAUCAAUUUCUUAUCUGUCAUAAUGAGUUUGAUAAACAAAAUGCAGAAAUUCAUGUGGCAUGGUGACAGGUCGCCUUAUUUUGGAAACUGCGUCAGGAAGUGUUUGGAAGAAAAAUGUGUUGAUUUACAAUCUUUUAAAGAUCCAUCGGACACAAAUGUAUUAAAUGAUUUUGUACACUGGCACUGUAACGAUGAUUGUAGAUAUAAUUGUAUGUGGAAAACGGUGGAAAGCUUCAAAGAGCGAAAAUGGUCCACACCACAAUUUGAUGGAAAGUGGCCAUUCAAAAGAGUAUUAUGCUUUCAAGAAUUUGCUUCAGUUUUAUUUUCAUUCACAAACUUUUAUGCAGUCUACUAUUUAUACAGAAAGCUGAGGAAAAGAUUGAACCGAACAUAUCCCAUGUAUUUCGUUUGGAACGUUUUUGCACUGGUUUCAAUAAACGGUUGGAUUUGGUCAAUGAUAUUUCACACUAGAGAUGUGCGCUUCACUGAAUUUAUGGACUAUGCUUCUGCAUUUGCCAUAAUUUUAUCCUACUUCUAUUGUCUCGGAAUGAGGGUCUUGGUCGGAUUACAUCAAAUCUUCUCAAUAGCAUUCAGUUGUUUUUGUGCCAUUUUACUUUUCAACCACGUCAAACUUUUGAGUGGUACCAGAAUUGAUUACGCUUAUCAUAUGCAGAUCACGGUAACAAUAGCGACUGCAAGUAUUUUAGGGUGGUUAAUUUGGUGUUGGUUCAACAAGAAUAAACUACCGUAUGUGAAAAAUUGUAUUAUAUUUAUGUUUUUAUCUGCUAUUGUUGGACCGGUUUUGGAACUAGCAGAUUUUCCACCGAUUUUCUGGAUUUUUGACGCUCAUUCUUUGUGGCAUUUGUCCACAACUUUUGUUCAUGUAUACUUCUACAGGUUUAUGAUAGAAGACAGUAUAUAUUUAAGUAAAACACUUCCAGAUAAAAAUUCCAUGACGCUACCAGAAAGAUAUAUAAAACGAAGAGAUUCCUCAGAAAAUAGGAAAUUAAUAUAAGAAUUAAAAUUAUUAGAAAACUUCUUAGUCAUCAUAAAAAAUUUUUGGCCAUAUGAAAUAUUAGUCAAAGCUUCUAUAGACAAAUCGUUAGGCGUGCAUUAUUUAUAUAGAUAUAUUUAUGUUAUGUUAAAUAUUUUUAAUUA